UUUCUUUAUCAACUGUGUGUGUGAGAGUGUGUUUCAGUUAUUUUGUGGAGUAUAAAUAGCAAGAAAUUUGCAGGCCAACCGUUUAAAAGGGAAAAAGAUGCCCGACCAGACUAGUUACAAACAUUGUUAUCAUUGGGGUGCAUGGAGUGCUCUCUGCCUCACAGCUGCAGCUGCAGCAAUCACUGCAUUUGCACCAGUUGCAUACGCCAACGAUAGCUCUGAGACGUCCAGCAAUAGAAUCAGCGGCAGAAGUAAAUGGCUGUGCAGUUCAACGGAUAUCUGCACUUCAGAAGAUGAACAAGUUCCGGGUGUCCAGUACUUGUCACAUCAAUUCGAGAGUCAACGCGAUUGCCGUCUAUCGUGUGGCAAAUAUGGAUCCAUUUGGCCAAUGCCCACUGGGGAUGAGUGCUCCCUGUCCCAUGAGCGGGUGCAUUUUGAUCCAUGGAAGGUACGCUUCAACGUGGUGGCCCCCAAUGAUGUGACCACACAGUUUUUACACGAAACGAAUCGAUUGUUCGUAAGCAAUUUACUCAAGGAAUGUACCCGCAAUUGCACUUUGGCCAGCAGUAAGGAGGUCCUUGUCAAGGCUACAGUGCAAUCGAAUAGCUUGGUAUUGGACUGGACCACGGAUGAGAGCUAUAUGAUGGUGGUGCGUAGCACAGAUAAAGUCACAUUUGUCGAUAUCAAGGCGCCAACAGUUUAUGGGGCCCGACAUGCCUUUGAGACGCUGAGUAAUUUGGUUACCGGGAGCAUAACGAAUGGAUUGCUUCUGGUCAGUGCGGCACGGAUAACAGAUCGUCCAGUUUUUCCACAUCGUGGUGUGCUCUUGGAUACCUCUAGGAAUUUCCUACCAUUGCGAUACAUAAGAAGCACUAUAGAUGCCAUGGCCGCAUCCAAAUUGAAUGUCCUGCAUUGGCAUGUGGUGGACACACAUAGUUUUCCCCUAGAGAUAACCCGUGUACCGGAAAUGCAACGUUUUGGUGCCUAUUCUACGGCACAGACCUAUUCCCGGGCAGAUGCCGUCAACUUGGUAAAAUAUGCCCGUCUCCGGGGUAUUCGUGUCCUGAUCGAAAUCGAUGGUCCCUCACAUGCAGGCAACGGCUGGCAAUGGGGUCCCAGUGCCGGCUUGGGCAAUAUAUCCGUAUGCCUGAAUCAAUCGCCAUGGCGAAAGUAUUGCGUCCAACCGCCAUGUGGGCAACUUAAUCCCAUAAAUGAUCACAUGUACGCUGUGCUAAAGGAGAUUUUCGAAGAUAUUGCCGAACUGGGUGCACCCGAAGAGACCAUACACAUGGGUGGCGAUGAGGUAUUCCUGCCCUGCUGGAACAAUACCAAAGAGAUAACCGAUGUUAUGGUAGCUCGGGGCUAUGACCUCGGAGUUUUGAGUUUCCUGCGUCUAUGGUCGCAGUUCCAUCAGCGUAAUCUCGAUGCCUGGGAUGAUAUCAAUCAGCGCAUGUUUCCGAAUAAUAAGGAACCAAAACCAGUGAUAUUAUGGUCCAGUCAUUUGACAGAUCCGAAAACUAUUGAGGAAUUUCUACCCAAGGAACGUUUCAUCAUCCAAACCUGGGUGAGUGCUGCAGAUUCCCUGAAUCGGGAACUCUUGCAGCGGGGCUAUCGUAUUUUGAUAUCCACCAAGGAUGCUUGGUAUCUGGAUCAUGGUUUCUGGGGCUCCACCAACUACUACAAUUGGAAGACUGUCUAUGGCAAUGCCUUGCCCUCAGGUGCACGCAAGGAUCAAGUGCUUGGUGGUGAGGUGUGCAUGUGGAGUGAAUAUGUUGAUCAAAAUUCAUUGGAGGCCCGCAUUUGGCCAAGAGCUGGAGCUGCUGCCGAAAGACUUUGGUCGAAUCCGAAAUCAUCUGCCCUGUUGGCCCAAAGACGCUUCUAUCGCUAUCGUGAGCGUCUAUUGGCACGUGGCAUACACGCGGAUGCGGUUACGCCACAUUGGUGUGUUCUGCAUGAGGGCAAUUGCCUUUAGUCCUUAAAAUUAAGUUCAUUCACAUAUACAUACAUACCUAGGUAUAUACAUAUACAUAAAUAAAAGUUUUUUUUCUUUCGUGAUUAUAAAUCUUUUUGAUUAACUUAAAAAUGAGAUGGCUUUGUUGACAAAGUGAUUAGAAAUUGUUACACAAUUACUGAUUAUGAAACUUGUGCAUGAAAAUCGUUUGUAAUAUGUUUUGCCUAUGAUUCAGCAUAUAUACAUCCUUAUGUUGAGGCAAAUAUAUACAUAUAUGUAUAAUA